UUUAAGUAAAGAGAGACAUGAAAAGAGAAAAAGAAAGAGAUUUGAUGAGGGAUCUACAUCCAAACACGAAGGGAAAAGUGAUUGAAUGGGGGAGGAAGAUGGUAGCAUAGCUUGCAAGGCAAGGCAAGUUCAUGUUAUCUUAUGGUUGAUUGACAAAAAAAAAAAAAAAUUCUCAAGUUUUGGUUGCUAUUAGGAGGAGAAAACCAUAAAAAAUGAAAAAUUAAGGAGAAAAUCAAUAUAUUUGUAAAACAAAAUUAUCUACCAUUUAAAAAAUAAAAUAAAAUCAAUUAAACCUUGAAUCGACCAUUAACCAAAACAAAUCUAAAAUCCAUAAAUGAAAAAUAUCACUAAUAAACAAUACAGGAUUUAAAUUGAGUAAAAAAUUAUGAAUGCAUAAUUAUUUUAAAAUGAAGCCGAGGAAAGAAAAAAAAAAUAAUAAUAAAUCAAUAUCUGCUCCUCACGCUCCUCAAUGGCAAGUAUAAAAGAGCACACUUGUACUGUUGUAGUCAACUGUAUGAACCUAGGUGUUACCUGUUCGUAGCGAAUAGAAAACAACCACGUGGUGGAAAUCUGGACAAUAGCUCGAAUUCCCGAAAUUACCCUCUCUAAAAGAUCCUCCACUUCAACGGAACAUUUAUGCCUUCCCCGAGGUACAGCCACGUGUAGUCUACUUUUAAGGAAUGCUCGACGCGUCGACUUCUCCGAUUGGAUAGCAGCCUGGGGCCAAUCAGAGGGCCUGAAUACGUCAAAACAGGCAACUUUUUCUCCGGGCCCACCUCGAAAAAAAAUUCAACCAAUCACGUCCCGUCGCUGUUCAAGUGUUUACCCUAGACACGUGGUGCUUCUGGACUUUUGCCACGAUACGGACGUUAUGAUUAUUGCUUCAGCUCCGGUGGAGAAUCUUGAUUGGAAAAAUUGAGAGAAAGCGCAGCGGAGUAGGUAGAUUGGAGGGUGUGGAGGCGGUAUGAACGGUGGAGGGCAGUGGCGGUUGCUAAAAUGUGCCGGGGAUAUGCAUGACAAGACGAUAAUCGACAGGAUAAUGCUCAGAUUCCGGCCGAUUGCGCCGAAACCGAUGACCGGCGACUCCAUCUCCUGUGAUUCACUCGGUGGAAACAGGAACUCAAUUAUUACUGGAAAAAGGAAGAAGAGAAAGUACGUUAGGGUUUCCAAGAAUAAUGAUAGGAACAAGGAAUAUAGGAGAAAUAAAGGGAUCUCCUAUCAUGGAACCGAAGAUGGUCCGACCAGCAAAGUAAUGACGCUACAGUUGGUGCCGGAGAAAGCCGAUCUAGAUGGUACAGAUGGUGUUAGGUGUGUUCCAGGAAAUCAGGAACCACCCACGUGCUUGAGCUUGAAGAUGAAGAUACCAGCCGCUGAUGAUGGGAUGGCGGUGUCUAGGUUUACAGAUCAGGCGGUGGUGAUGCCUAACAGAAGGGUGGUGGAGUCGUGGGUGACGGUGGUUAGCGUGACGGGCACGUGCAUGGAUGAUGAAACGUUAGGGCGUACGGACGUGGAGAAAAUGAAGAAUUUGGAGAGAGACACGUGUCCAGGGUUCAUAUCUGACGGUUUAAACGAGGUGGUGUGGGUAAACGGAGCUUAUAAAAAUAUGGUAACAGGGAGUACAGAAGAAGACGGCAGAGAACAGCCACCGGAGACGGUGGUGUGGCUGGCGAUGACGAAGGAAGGUGGGCACUCUCUGUACGUGAACCACGCAUUUUCAUGCCAGGUGAGACUUCAGUAUUCGUGUCACAAAGAAAGGCAUUACUCGAAGAUGGUUCCCUGCGAUGUGUGGAGAAUGGACUGCGGCGGGUUUGCAUGGAGGCUGGAUGUUAAGACAGCUUUGAGUUUGGGUCUCUAAAAGCAGAGAGUCAAUGGAAAUUAAUGCUUCGAUGUAAUUGCACGUAUGCUUAGAAUAUUUGUGUGGUAAUUCUAGCUGUAAAGAAACAAGGCACUAUAUAAAUAUAUGUAACUUUGCCAG